UUUUAUCAAGGCUUGCUUGAAGAUACCGAAAAAUUACUUAGAAUCCAAUCCGCCAAUUGUUACAAGUUAUUGACUGCUUGGUGGUCGUGUCAUCGUUCAUCUAUUAUUCGUAAACCACCUUGUAACAAUCGGCGGAUUAAUUAUUAUAUAGGUUAGACAUUAUAUAUACAAAGAGGUUUUUAAAUAAUUCGAAAAUGAUUUGUUAAAUCAAUUUCUCAAGACAUAUCAUUUUUCGCCAUUAUUCUCCGGCCAAUAUAUUUACCUAAGAGUGAGUUGAAUUAAAGUUUGGAUCGAUCGAUCAGAUAUUAAAGAAAUUAAAUCGAAUAUCUUAUGGGAAGUUUUUGUGAAGAGAAUGAAAUGAUGGUCAAAAAAGAUGUUCCAGUGCCACCGCCUUUGCCUAUGAUGACCAUGGCUCCAAAGGCGGUAUUUAGACGCCGAAGGUGUUGUUGUGUGUCUGAUCCCACGACACAAUCGUGGGAUCGUUUGUUCGAUGAUGCUUAUCGAGCCGAUGUUUCGGUUCAAACAAGCAGUGAUGAUAUUAUCUAUGCACAUUCUAACAUUCUUGGGUUAGCUUCUCCUGUUUUCAGAAACAUGUUUAGAAGACAGAGUAGAAACAGACGGGGAUUAUUUAUCGUUCCUAUUCGAGGCGUUCCAGCUGAGGCUGUUCGUGUAUUUAUCCGAUAUUUGUACUCUUCAUGUUAUGAAGAGGAUCAAAUGGGACAACAUGUGUUGUCUUUGUUGGUUCUUUCUCAUUCUUAUGUUGUACCACGAUUGAAAAGAGAGUGUGAAGAUCAACUCGAACAUAAAUACUUGAAUGUGGACAACGCUAUCGAUGUUUUUCAGCUUGCGUUGCUAUGUGAUGCCCCACGACUUAGUAUUAUUUGUCAUCGGCUAAUUUUAAACAACCUCAAGGCAGUAUCAUUGUCUGACGGAUGGAAGGCCAUGAAAGAGAGCCAUCCGAUUCUUGAAAAGGAACUUCUUUCUACUGUUGCCGAUGAAUCCAAUAGACAAAAGGAGAAGGUAAAGAAGGCAGAGGAGCGUAAAAUCUAUCUACAAUUGUAUGAGGCUAUGGAAGCACUUGUUCAUAUAUGUAGAGAUGGUUGUAGGACAAUAGGACCACACGACAAGGUCUUGAAUGAGCUUCAAGAUCCUUGCAGCUACGACGCUUGCAAAGGGUUAGAAUCACUCAUUCGCCAUUUUGCUGGAUGCAAGUUAAGAGUCCCUGGUGGUUGUGUUCAUUGCAAGCGAAUGUGGCAACUCUUGGAGUUACACUCGCGACUCUGUGUGGACUCAAGCGUUUGUAGGGUUCCUUUAUGCAAGUACGGUUCAAUGUCUUUUCAUCCUUCGAUACCUCGUUGUAAUUGUACCAUACAAUUAACACUAAAUAUACCAGAAAACUCCCUCAUGAUCAAGAUUACAUGUGUAACAAGACCAAAGGAUCUUUGGCCCAAUGGCAUUUGUGGCGGCCCAAUAAUCAACAAUUUAAGGGCCGGUUGGAGCCCAUAAUAGACAAAUAUGUGAAUAAAAUUGUGGUGAUGUGAAAAACAUAAAAUUAAAUUAACAAAUGUCACACUUGGCCAUGUGACAAACUUAUCACACUCACAUGAGGGAACCUGUUAUAUGUGAUGAUUGAUGAUGCAGCUUCCACAAACAUAAACAUUGUUCAGAUGAACUAAGUUACUGAUUUUAAGA